CCUACCUAAAUAAAAAUAGUAAUUUAUUAAUAAAAACUAAAUAGUUAAAUAAUGGUAUACUAUGAUAUUUAUUUUGGUAGCAUAACUAAUAUUUAUUAUUAAUUGUAUAUGUGUGCACCGGCAUCUUGCACAAGCAUUAAAAGUUAUAAUAAUAUUAAUAUCUAAGUUCAGGAGAUAGGUACACAAACGUUUUUGUUUUUUAACUUGAGGGUGUUGAAUUGGCUGUAUGACCCAACUAGCAGAAGUGUAGCUCACACUUGAUUAUAACUAUCUAAAGCUUUACCAAACUUCACAUCAUGACUGAUACGCAGAAGGAAAUGGAAGAGAACAGCUUAGAUAUUGAUGGAGGCAAUUUUAAUUCGGAGAUGUAUUUGGAUUGUCUUUUGAAGUGUGCCUCUUUGAGACAAGUUAUGGACAAGGAAGCUGAAAUUGUAAAUCAAAGCCAAUACUUACAAUCUGAAAUGCAAACAUUAGUAUAUGAAAAUUAUAAUAAGUUUAUAUCUGCCACUGAAACGGUGCGCAAAAUGCGUUCUGACUUUCAAAUAAUGCAGGAAGAAAUGAAUAAAUUAAGUGAAAAUAUGAAUAAAAUAACAGCAUUUAGUUCUCAGAUAUCUGAAUCUCUAAAAGACAGUGGUAAUAAUGUAAAUAGACUCUGCAGUACCCGUCAGCUCCUAGACAAAUUGCAGUUCCUAUUCUUAUUACCUACUCAGUUGAAUACAGCAAUACAAGAAAAAAGAUACACAGAUGCUGUCAAUGAUUAUGUGCACGCUCAAAAAGUAUUACAUAAAUAUGGUGAUCAGCCUUCAUUCCAAAGCAUUCAAACCGAAUGUUCAGAAAUAAUUUGUGCCCUCAAGAAGAGUUUAAAGGAGAGGCUACUUAGUCCGGAGACCUCAGCUUCAGAGUUAGCAGAGAGUGUGGGUUUAUUGAGGCAACUGCAAGAAUCAGAUUCAUCACUUCAAGAUAUAUUCUUGAAUUGUGCAGAAAGUAGGCUUGACCAACAUCUUAAAGUUUUAAGUGCAAUGGUUGACAGUACAGAUAUAUUAGCUUGGGUGGAAAAGUGCAACAAUACAUUGUUGGCUGAUUUAGGGAUUGUUAUUUCUUGUUAUGAUGACAUAUUUCAAGAUAAGCAUAGUGCUCACUUACCAGACUUUGCUCAAAAAGUGAUGUCACAGGUGUUUAAACUAUUUGAGGAUGUUGUGAAAAGACCAGAAAAUGCUGGAACAGAAAUUUUGAUAAGAGGGUUAGACAAAUUCUUUAGAAAAUUACAGGCAAUGUCUCAGAUUGUUUGUAGUGAUGCAGUUUCCAGCAAAGCUCUAGAUGUUGUAGUUCAAUGUGUCAAUCAUAAAGCAAAUCUACAAAAGCAAACUAUUCAGGUUCAGUUUAAAGAAAAUCUUAUGAAAGUAAGACAAUCUCUUGCCAGCAAGGGUACUGAAAAUGCUGAUCUCAAAGAUAUAUUAAAUUCACUACAAGUACAUUUAAUGCAGAAAAUUCAAGCAUCACUUCUCGAUUUAAUGGCUUUCUUGCAGAGUAAUUUGUCUUUUGGUUUGAAACCUUGGUGUGCCCAAGCAGUAGCUGAGGGAUGCUGGAGAGUAAUAUCGGAGACAUUGAUUGAUCUCUCCGAGAUGGUUAAGCAAAUGUCAGUCCUCCAAUCAUCAAAUAAUAUCCCAUUUGAACUGCUUCUUGUUUUGGCAAAGUUAUGCUUGGACAUGCAAGAACCGGGAGUGACAACAUUACAUACCCACCUUACCAAACUUUUAGAGGAAUCAGCACCUGGUACAACCUUUGAAAAAAAAGAUACUAAUAGCAUCAUGGUGAAUUUAUCAACUGCUGCCCAAUCUGCAUUAGAUUGUGAAGUUGUCUACAUUGGACAAAUGGCAGCACAGAUGUUGAGAGUGUCUGUACUUGCUCGUGAUUGGCUCCGUGCACCAGAACCUAGAGGUCCGAGAGCUGUUUGCAGAAGAGUAGUGGAAACUCUUGCUAGUGCAGAUAGUGCAGCAAGCCAACUGUUCCCAACAAGCUUAAAGCCAUCAAGUGACUCAAGUAGACGAACAAUUUGGUCCAGAGCUCCAUCAUCAUUUUCACCAAUUAAUAGAUUAUUCUCUGAAAGAAUAGAAGUGUUUAGUCCAGCAGGAGCUGAUAGAGCAGCUUUGUCAAAUGGUGCACUAAAAGUUGCAUUAAAAGCUUUGGUGGAAUGUGUAAGAUUGCGUACUUUCAGUCGCCAUGGACUCCAACAAUUACAAGUUGAUGUACAUUUCCUUCAACAAAGAUUGUCAUGUAUGGGUACUGAUGAGAGGCUACUGAAUGCACUAUUAGAAGAUGCUUUAGCAUCAGCACAACUAAGGUGUGUUGAUCCACAGCUUAUGGAACCAAGUAUUGUUGAUAUUAUAUGUGAACGAGGAUGAAUUUUAUGGAUGCUUUAAUUUAUAAGAAAGUUAUUUGUUAGAAAUCCAUAUUAAUACAAUAUUAGUUUAUAAGUUCAAAUGACUAAAGCACUAUUUUAUAAUAUUAUAUUUAUAUGACAGUAUAUUAUAUUCAUGUAGGUACCAAGGUUUAUUAUAAAUAAAAACCACCAUACUUUUGUAUUUUAUUGUAACCCAAUAAUGAAAAUUGCAGCAUAUUAAAAAUAAAGAUAUCUACUCAA